AUGCCUACCGUCUCUGUUUUAAAGCAACAAUUGUUCGAUCUUUUAGGUAAGAACUACACCAAUGAAGAAUUCGAUGAACUAUGUUUCGAAUUUGGUAUCGAAUUGGAUGAAGACACUACCGAAGAAGCCUUAAAGAAUAAUGAAGAACCACAAUUGAAGAUUGAAAUUGGUGCGAACCGUUAUGAUCUAUUAUGUAUUGAAGGUAUCGCCCAAUCCUUGAAUGAAUAUCUAGGUAGAGCUGAAUCUCCAAAAUACAAAUUGACUGCUCCUACCACUAAGUUGAUUGUUGACCCUACCGUUGCCCAAAUAAGACCAUACUGUGCCUCCGCAAUCUUAAGGAAUAUUAAAUUUGAUGCAAAGUCAUAUGCUUCUUUUAUUGCUCUGCAAGAUAAAUUACAUUCUAAUUUAUGUAGAAACAGAUCUUUGGUUGCUAUGGGUACUCAUGAUUUGGAUACUAUGCAAUUGCCAGUUCAUUACCGCGCUUUGCCACCAAAGGACAUCAAGUUUGUUCCAUUGAAUCAAACUAAAGAAUUUAAUGGUGAAGAACUUAUUGAGUUCUACAACCAACCAGAACAAAAGAGUAACAUUGGUCGUUUCACUCACAUUAUCGAAGAUUCUCCUGUGUUCCCAGUUAUUAUGGAUGACAAUGAUGUUGUUUGUUCUUUACCACCAUUGAUCAAUUCUGAACAUACUAAAAUCUCUAUGGAUACACGUAAUAUCUUCAUUGAUAUUACUGCUACUGAUAAGACUAAGGCUGAAAUUGUUGUUAAUAUGUUAGUUUCUAUGUUUUCUCGUUAUUGUGAUGAACCAUUCACUGUCGAACCAGUUACGAUCGAAUCCGAUCACAAUGGGGAAUCUCGUGUAUGCCCAGAUAUCUCCGAGAGAGUCAUGGAUGUUUCCAUUAAAUACAUUAACUCAUGUUUAGGUUUAGAACAAACUCCAGAAGAAAUUGCUGCUUGUUUAAAAAAAAUGUCUUUAAAGGCUGUCUCCAGCACUGAAAAUAAGGAUGUUAUGCAUGUCUCUAUCCCAAUUACCAGACCAGAUAUCUUACAUCGAUGUGAUAUCAUGGAGGAUGCAGCUGUUGGUUAUGGUUAUAAUAACUUGCCAAAGGGUGAAAAAUUAUCAAAUGCUAAUUUCAUCUCAACUCCAUUACCAAUUAAUAAAGUAUCUGAUAUCUUCAGAGCUGCUUCUGCUCAGGCCUCUUGGGUUGAAGUUUUGCCAUUAACUUUAUGUUCACACGAUGAGAAUUUCAAAUUCAUAAGAGUUGAAGAUGACGGUACCAAGGUUGUACAGUUAGCUAACCCAAAGACUUUAGAAUAUCAAGUCGUUAGAACUACUUUAUUACCAGGUAUUUUAAAGACUGUAAAGGAAAACAGAAAACAUUCGCUUCCUAUCAAGUUAUUCGAAACUGGCGAUGUUGUUUUCAAGAACGAACAAUUAGAAAGAAAGGCAUACAAUGAACGUCAUUGGGGUGCUAUUUAUGUUGGUAAGAACUCUGGUUUUGAAAUUAUUCAAGGUUUAUUAGGUAAAAUAAUGCAGACAUUCAGAACAAAUUGGUUAAUUGACUAUGGCGUUAGUUCUUCUGGUAGAGGUUACUGGAUUGAAGAAGACAAAAGUUUAACCACAUACUUUGAAGGUAGAGGUGCUAGAAUUAUGUUCAGAAGCAAAGAAGGUGAACAAGCUCAACAAAUCGGUCAUUUAGGUGUUUUGCAUCCAGAAGUUAUGAACAAUUUUGAUAUUCCUCAUGCUGCUUCUUACGUUGAGAUAAAUGCCGAAGUCUUUUUGUAA